AUGGCAGCAGCACGUGCCAUGAUGGAUGAGAUUCACGAGGAUUGCGGGAGAACCAGUCAUGGCGAUACCAACACAUACACAUUGGGGACAAUUAUGGGACAUAAUUGUGUGAUUGCUUGUCUCCCUGGCGGAGUAUAUGGAACAACCUCCACUACGGCAGUUGCAAACUCAAUGCGAUUCAGCUUCCCAUCCAUACAGUUCUGGCUGAUGGUGGGGAUUGGCGGAGGUGCACCUACAGAUAGAAACGACAUACGACUAGGCGAUGUUGUAGUCAGUAGGCCCUCGCCUGGACGGGGAGCCGUUAUACAAUAUGACUACGGGAAACUAAUGUCUGGAGGUCGAUUUGAACAAACAGGAACAUUGAAUAAGCCUCCGCCGCUCCUCCUGACGGCCUCUGCAAAACUUGAGGCGGAAUACCGGGUGCGCAAGGACGGCCAAAUUCCUACUUUCAUCGCAGAAAUGCUGCGUCAAUACCCCGACAUGAAAGCCAAAUACAGCCAUCCUGGAGUGGAGCAUGAUAUAUUGUUCCACCCAUCAUAUGACCACUUUGACCCUGGACUUACGUGCAGAAAUUGCGACAAGACGCAGGUCAAACCCAGGGCUACCCGUCCUUCGACUAAUCCUAUUGUCCAUUAUGGAACUAUCGCAUCUGGGAACCAGGUAAUCAAGGACGCGAAGACAAGGGACAAGUUUUCCCGGGAACUAGGGAUUCUUUGUUUCGAAAUGGAAGCUGCCGGAUUGAUGGACAACUUCCCUAGCAUUGCGAUUCGUGGUAUUUGUGAUUACGCAGAUUCGCAUAAGAGCAAGCAAUGGCAGGAAUACGCAGCUGUGUCAGCAGCUGCAUACGCCAAAGAGCUUCUCAGUGUCAUACCCCAUCGUUACCAAGCCAAGGAGGUCGACAGUCCGCGAAUCUGGUCUGAGAAAACACCAACCUCAAGGAAGGAGCUUCUGGAGUCCUUGGAAUUUGAUGAGAUAUAUUCACGUCAUGCUUCGAUAAAGACUGCCCACACUCAAACGUGCAAAUGGCUCUUUGAUAAUCUGAAAUAUCAGAACUGGCUGAAUUUCAACAAAUAUUCUGAGCACCAUGGCUUCCUCUGGAUCAAGGGAAAGCCUGGUGCUGGAAAAUCGACAAUAAUGAAGUAUACCUUGGAAAAUGCGCGCAAAGCCAUGAAAAAUAAAGAAAAGGUGAUCAUUUCAUUCUUCUUCAACGCCCGAGGAGAAUAUCUCGAAAAUUCAACAAUCGGGAUGUAUCGUUCAUUGUUAUUCCAGUUGCUUCUAGCCGUGCCUGAUCUCCAGGUCACCCUCAAUUCUAAUUCUAUCGCCAAAGGGACCCACGGGUCUGACUGGAGUAUCGAAAUCCUGCAAAAUCUGUUUCUACAAGCAAUAAAGCAGCUCACCGAUCAGUCAGUGAUGUGCUUCAUUGAUGCUCUCGAUGAAUGCGACGAGGAUGAAAUCCGGAACAUGGUUGACUUCCUCUCAAGUUUUGGUGACAUGUCAGAUCACCGCGUUUCACGUCUUUACAUAUGCUUUUCUAGUCGACAUUAUCCACACAUCAGUCUUGAAACAGGGUUGGAGAUCAUUCUGGAUGAUGAAGACGGCCACAGUGAAGAUCUUGCGAAAUACUUGAAUAGCAAACUCUCAAGCAUCAAGGGCAAAAAAAUUGAGGAGGUGAAAGCAGAAGUACUUGGAAAGUCAUCGGGGAUCUUUCUUUGGGUUGUCCUUGUUGUCCCUAUUCUGAGAAAGGCUUAUGAUCAUGGCCGAAUGGCUGCUCUUCGCCAGAAGCUCCGGGAGAUUCCGAGUGGACUUAAUGAUUUGUUCAAAGAUAUUUUGACACGAGACCGGGACAAUCUGGAAGAUUUGUUUGUUUGUCUGCAAUGGAUUCUGUAUUCAAAACGACCUUUGACGCCCUUCGAGUUAUUCUUUGCUAUUCAAUCUCGAGACGUGAGAGAGCUGUCUAGUGCGGAGCCACCAGAAGAUACAGAGUCAGUGAGAAGAUUCAUUUUGAGCUCAUCCAAAGGACUGGCCGAGCUAUCGAAGUCUCGAAGGCCAAAUGCUCAAUUCAUCCAUGAGUCCGUACGGGACUACCUUCUGAGAGACGGUGGGAUGCAGAGUUUACUUGUUGAUCUGCAGGUCGGACUUGCGCAUUCGAGCCACGAUCUGCUGAGACACUGUUGCGACAAUUAUAUGGCGAUGGUUGUACAAAGUCAUCCCGCGGGAUGGCCUAAUCUCCCAGACGCAAAAAGUCAUGAAGCAGCUGUUCUUCGGAAGGAGAUCUCUGAGAAAUUUCCAUUACUUCCGUAUGUAGUGGAGUUUCUAAUCAAGCAUGCUGAUGAUGCGGAGGGCGAAGGAAUUCAACAAGACUCCUGGGUUGACGGUUUUCCACUGAAAAGCUGGAUUUAUCUGCACAAUAUUUUUGAAAAGCACCAAGUACGACGAUACAAAGAUUCGGCCAGGCUCGUAUAUAUUCUUGCUGAGAACGACUUGGCAAACCUGAUGAAAGCUGGAAUGCAACGAGGCCUAUACACCAAUCUCAAUUCUUCUGGGGGACGUUAUGGUUCUCCCAUUCGGGUGGCAUUUCUCAGGGGCAGUAAAGGAGUCCUCGAAAUUCUG